ACAAUUUGGAGAAUUAUACACACCAGUCAAUUGGAAAAGGUUUUGGAAGCUCAAGAUUCCACCGAAGGUGAGAUUGUUUGCUUGGAGAUGAAUAAGGGACAUUCUACCUACGCGAGCCAGAAUCGUGGAAAGAACACAAAGGGGUCAUGUGGGAUGUCCUUUUUGUGAUCUACCAGAGUCUCAAUAUCAUAUCUUUAGGGACUGUGCGUGGGUGAGGAGGGUUUCUAGAGAUACUCCUAUGCAUCGAUUGUUCGAGAGGGGGGAGACACUCACCUGUGAAGAAUGGUACUGCAAUCUGCAAGAGACAGAGACGGACGAACAGCUGGGAAAAUUCCUCGUUGCGUUAUGGUUCAUCUGGGACCAACGCAACAGUCAGAUGUGGAACAAAAGGAAAUUGGAAGAAAGGGAAAUCAUUCCAAGAGCAAUCGGGUGGCUGGAAGAGUACCUGGACAUGCAGGAGGUUGAAUCUGAAGCACAUCGCCAGAGGGACGGGAAGUGGAGACCGGCGCAGUCGACUGAAUUCACGAUCUCGGUGGACGCGGGAUGCCUGACGGGACAAGGGACGGGUCUGGGAGCUGUAAUUCGGAAGAGGGAUGGAGGCUUUGUGGCGCCGGCGGUGAAGAGGACGCGGAGGCAGUGGGAGGCGAUGGAGGCAGAGGCGAUGGCGGUGAGGUUUGGGAUGGAAAUGGCUCAUCGGUUUCAUCUGAACUCAAUCGCCAUUCAGACCGAUUGUUUGCAGGUGGAGCGCCUCAUUGCAGGCCAGGUGGAGUCCCAAGUUGAAGUGGGCCAAAUAACAAAAGAGAUCAAGGAAAUGGGCCAAGCCUUCCAACAUAUUGAAUGGACCCAUAUUCCUAGGAAGCAAAAUAGAGUGGCACAUGAAAUGGCCCAUAUUGCUUGUAAUUGGGAGGAAAUUGAGUGUUGGGUGGAUAGGCCACCAAUUAUUCUAGUUACUCUCCUUAAUGAGGAACUAGCUUGUCUAAACAUUGAUAAUUAAAUAAAACAGGUUUUACUUUCAAAAAAAUGUUUACAUCGUCUAAACCGAUAAGUGCUUUUUAACGGUAUGAAAGGCGGCACAAAAAUCAAAUGGGUGAUCGGAG